AUGGCGCGCGUCGCGCGCGCGCACGAGAACGCUUUGCGGUUUGACCGCACUCGCGCGUCGCCCGCCCCGCCGCGCGCGCGCGCGUCCCGACGCGCGCGCCGCGUCCCCGCGCGCGCGACGCACGCGGGUGACAACGCUGGCGACUUGCACGAGCGCGCGCUUUGCAUCAAGCAGCGCGCGUUAAAUCUCGCGCGGAAUCGCGUGCGCGGCGGCGAUUACGUCAACGACGACGUCACGCAGAUGCGCGGGCGAAAGUUCGAGGCCGAGGCGCGCGUGCGACGGCUCAAAUCCGACCUGAACGCGCGACUGUUGCUCGAGCGGUUCAGCGAGGCGCGCGAAAUUUCGCGGGAAAUCGAACGCGCCGAGGAUGAGAUUGAUAGAAUUCAACUGGCGAUCGCGGCGGAGCAAGAACGCGCGAUCGAACGGUUUGAAGACGCGUGA